AGAGCUGGGUGCUAGGAUCAGUGAGCCAUGAGGUGGGAGCUCUGAGGUGCAUGCUGUGAGCUACAAGCUAUAAGCUGCAAGGUGAGAGCUGGUAGCUGGGAUCAGUGAGCUAGGAGGUGGGAGCUCCGAGUGGCGAGGUGCGAGCUGGGAGCUACAAUCUGCGAGGUGUGAGCUCCCAGCUCUCUCCAGCUGCAUGGUGUGAGGUGGGAGCUCCGAGCUUGGAUAAGCUAGCUGCGAGGUGAAACCUUCGAGGUCGCUCAAGCUCUGAGGUCUAAGCUUUUGAUAUAACUGCUAAAUUGCACAAUUACGCUUUUUUUUUCGGAAUUCAAAGGUUCAAAGUAACACGUUCAUGUUAUAGCCUGUUCUGGGUGCACAUACCUUCCAAUCCACGAAGUAGUUGUAAGUAAAUAAAUCGGGAUGUUUUAAAAUAAUAUGAAACACUGUUGUUUUUCUGUGUGUUUUGGAGGCUAUUGUGCCUGUCAAGCAUUGAUGCACAACACCAAGUUUUUUUUGACCACUGGAGUGGGCUUUUAUUUUGGAAUUUGGUUGAGAAUCUGAACCGGAAGUCCUUUUCUAAUUCGGGCUAACUUCACGCUGGUAAAGAAGUCAGACAGCAAGGGAGUAAGUUACUAUGGCCUCCUGCAACCUCCUCGCACAGAGGAGCAAAAUUCAGCGGCAGAUCGAGACGCUUGAGCGCCUUGUAGAUACCAAUAACUUUUGUGACAAUAUCCACAUAGCUUCGUCAGACUCCUGUCACUCAAACGAUGAGGGAUCAGAGGACAGCGAGCAGGAGCCAGUAAGCAUGGAAAACCUUGCUGUGAAGCGGAAGCAGAUCCAAAGAGAGAUCAAGGAGCUUGAGCUUUCUCUUAGCCAAGAUACACCUGGUUUGGAUAUCGAGAUUCUAUCAGCAGAUGAUGAAAAUGACACAGAAAGCAUCAUGGAAACUAGUGGGGAGGACAGUGAUGAGGUGUUUAGCCUGCCCCCAAAUGUAGAGACCUGCCUGCAAAUGAACUUGGUGUACCAGGAUGUGCUGGAAGAGAAGUUGACAGAGCUGGAGCGCCUGCUGGUUGAGAACAAAGAGCAACAGAAGGAGGUCAUGGUACAGGUUUCUGGCCCAGCUCCUCAAGCGACUACCUCUGGAUUACCCCCACUGAAAGUUUUUCUCGGAAACUUCAUGAAGCCGUAUUUCAAGGACAAAGUCACAGGACUGGGUCCUCCUGCCAAUUCAGAGACUAGAGAUAAGAUGAACAUGGGGACAAGAAGUUAUGAUGAAAUGAAGAUAAGAAGAUGGGAGGGUUGGCAGAAGACUCUGUUGCUCAGCUCCGUUGUCAGUGACACCAUGAAACGCUUGCUGCAGCCUAAGCUUUCCAAAUUGGAAUACCUGAAUGAAAAAAUGGCCAAAGCAGAAAAAUCAGAAGACAUGGAGGAGCAGAUUCUGCAAAAACAAAUCAAUCAAAUAGAGAGGGAAAUUGAUGACAUCAGCUCAAUGAGUGAGGAACAGCUGAUGGGUAGUCGCCAUGAUGAUCAUGACUGGGAGAAAAUUUCAAAUAUUGAUUUUGAGGGUACACGUAGUGCUGAAGACAUUAGGAGGUUCUGGGGAAACUACCUGCAUCCCUCUGUUAAUAAGUCAUCUUGGAAAGAAGAUGAGAUUGAAAAGCUCAAGAACAUCGUAGAGAAUAGGAACUACUGCAAGUGGGAUCAAAUUGCACAGGAACUUGGGACGAACAGAACAGCAUUCAUGUGCCUCCAGACGCACCAGCGUUAUAUUCACAAAGGCUUCAAGAAAAAGGUUUGGACCAAAGAAGAGGACCAGGUCUUAAGAGAGUUGGUGGAAAAGAUGCGCAUCGGGAACUUUAUCCCAUACACCCAGAUUUCUUACUUCAUGGAGGGCCGGGAAGCAGCCCAGUUAGUCUACCGCUGGACUCAAGUUUUGGACCCAACUGUUAGAAAAGGCCCUUGGACCAAGGAGGAGGAUGAGAUGUUGCUGAAAGCAGUGACAAAGUAUGGCGUUCGUGACUGGUGGAAGAUACGAAAUGAGGUGCCUGGCAGGACAGAUGCACAGUGCAGAGAGAGGUACCUGGAUUGCCUGAGUGAGGACGUAAAGAAGGGACGAUGGAGCCCGGAAGAGGAGGCCAUGCUGAUAAAUUUGGUGCGGAAGUAUGGAGCAGGCCGAUGGUCCAAAAUUGCAUCUGAGAUGCCGAACAGGAUUGACAGUCAGUGCUUGCAGAAAUGGAAGAUAAUGACAGGAUAUCCGGCCAAAAAAAGGAUUAAAAAACACCUCCCAAAAAAGACAGAAAACAAGAGGAAAAAGUUGGAGAGGAUGAAAAGGGAAGAGGAAGAGGAUACAAUGACAAGUUCCGAGGAGGAAGUGGUUUGUAUUACCAGUGAUGAUGAGUUGACAAAGGAUGAGUCGGAUCUUGAAAUUGAUGUGAGAGAGGAGUACAUUCUACCCACCAUGGAAAAGUGGAUUCCCAAAACUUCUGACUCGUUUCCGCAUUUGAGCCUAUGCGCUGGCCAAUCUGUAUGGAGCAACCUGACAGAUAAGAAGACAUCACUUAGCCAAGCCACUCUUGGACGUCCGUGUUCAGUAAACAGCUUGCCUACACUGGUGUCUCCUGAAGUACGAUACACCAUUCUCGACCGCAUUGGCCACCCCGUAAAUACCAACAUGCGAGUGGCCUCCCCAGGACAACAAUUACAGGAGGAUCAACACUGUGAAAAUGAUAUGAUCAAAGUGUCACUCAGUGAGGUGAGGAAUCUACUGCGCUGGAAUGGAGGCUCUCAAAUGAAACGGAGAUGUCGACUGUCAAGGUGGACACCGAGGAAGAAUAAUGAGAAGAGUAAAAAGGGGACAGUGCGAAACCAGGGAAUCGGUGUCAGCUGUGAGGGCCAAAGCAGUGUUGCGCAUCCUGCGUGGAAUACCAGGAUCUCUGUUGCCAGCCAUGUUUGUAGCACUUACUGUACCACUCUUAAUGAUGAACUUCUGCAUGCCAUUACUCCUUGGAUGGGUAACCUGAUCCUGCCUCUAGCCUGCAAAAAAGAUGAGCGCUGCAAAGUGGAUGUAACCAGAGAGAAGACAAAGACAACAGGGCUCACAAGUACUCCUGUUUUUUCCCUCUUUCUAAAGAUUCUAUUCAUUGAUGCAGAGGGCUGCAAGAAAGUCAUUGAAGCACGAACGAGGGCGGAGAUCUGCAUUCCUCAUCAACAAGCAGUCACUCCACCACCCAAAAUAAGUCCUCCGCCACCCAAAAUAAGUGCUUCAUCGGCUCCCUCCCGUAAACGCACAGUGAUUCAGAUGCUGGAUGAAAAGCACAAGCAGGAGUAUGGGAAGAAGAAAGAAGAUCAGAAGCAGAGUAGUCUCAUUAUGAUGAUUCCACAGCCUUUGGUAAUAACACAACCACUGCUGCAGGGGAUUGAGCCCCCUGUAGCUCCAACCUCUUCAGCUCCUGACAAACCUGCCAUUGCAAAGGGAAUGGAAACCUAUAGCAUAUAUAAGACCAUCCAGUCACAGAAACGUACUCGGAAACCCGCAGAGAAGGCCAAGGUGCUCUUGGCUGGUUCAAAAGUAAAUUUGCCUAAGAAGUUACAGAACCACAAGAAAGCCUGUUUACAGAACUCUUGUUUGAAGGAUGGAAAAAAGAUCUCUCAGGUGCCACUCUGUCCCCAACCCCCCAUUACUUGGAUUGUGACUCCCAAUGGUUUGCUACCAGUGAGUGGCCUAGGGAUCCCAGUAUCCACCCAAGCUCCACCUGCAGAAAUGAAAUCAGUGUCAUCAAAUGUGUCUUGCUUUCGAAGACUAAAACCCAUUGCUAUUAAAUCAAACAACUCUUUAACAUUCUCUAUUAAUGGAGCACCAGGUGCAGAGGUGCCCCCGGAUGUACUGCAUGUCUGUCCUAGUGUGUGCAUCCCAGCUGACCUCCCCACCUCCUCCUUCGGGGAAAGAAUAGCCUUGAAUCUUGCUCCCACCACUUCCACAUCAACAGACACACUAGUAGGAAGAGUUACUUGCCCCAACAAUAGUGUUUCAUCAUUGAGUUCUGUCAGUGUACCACACUGUAACAGUGUGUGUGCUCAACUUCCAGUUCACUUCCUGGCUGCAGAACCUGUCAGCACUAUAAUGCCUGUUCCUGCUUCUGUGAAUGCUGGUAGGUCUGUUGCUAACCCAACUUACACUGUUGCUGAAGUCUCAUCUUUAACCCCUCUGCUCACUUAUUCCCAAGGACUACCCAUUCUUCAGGUUUGUCAGCCCCAAACUUCACAAAUAAUUGCUACCACUUUUGUGAACCCUGUGAUGCCCCCUGCUAAAAUUACAUCCCUGCCCCAACAACAAGUUUUCAGCAGACUGAAACCAAAUGACUCUCCUUUAAAACUGGCCACUAAACCUGCUUUGCCCAAAAGCCCUAAACCUGAACAUAUUCUAAGUUUUGACCCAGGCCUGGUAUCUGCCGAGGAAACAUCCCAUGUGACAGAAUGGAUGAAAGGUGUAGGGGGGAUCAGGCUCACUCGACUGGAUGCUACUCUGCCAUACCUGCCUCCUUUUGUCAGUAAUCUUACCACACUUACUACUCUCCUCAAAUGCAAACCUGACCUUGAAAGGUGUGCCUUGCCACUAGUAUCUCCCAAUGGUGAAAGUUCCAGAGUGGAAGCCCCAGAAAAAGGCAUCCGUCGGCUGGUUGCAGAGCGGUUGAGCAGUAACCAAGCUUACCUGCUCCUGAAAGCUCGUUUCCUUUCUUGCUUCUCCUUACCUGCCUUCCUGGCUACUGUUUAUCCACAUGAAAAUGCAAACUCUGUGAUGUUCACCCCAGCCAAGUACAGCAAAUGUGAGGAAAGUGUAUCCCUAGUGGAAGAUGCUGAUCCUGGUGGUGGUGAAGGAAUGCAUAAGGAUCGCCUGCUCCGGACGGAUGGUAAGGGAACAGUGGCUGACGAGUUCAGUGGAAUUGCUACUUGACACAGGAGCCAGUACCUCUGCAACCUGCAGAAAUCUGAAAAACUGUGAUAUUCAUCUUGUAUUUGAGUGGUGGAUAUAAAUUUCUUUUGUAAGCGCUAUUCAAGAAUAACAGGAUUGAAGACCUUAAGUCUUGGAAGUUAUCACGUAUUCUCCCAUGUGUAAGGCACACAUAAUCUCUCCCCGUGACAAACUUAUCAGAAUUGGCACAUUUAACUGCCCUGAAAGAAUAUCCUUUGUUUUCUUGUUUAAUAAUAACUCCUUUGUCAUUUAAAACUAUAUAUUAGAAUCUUUGAGGUCAUAUGCUUUUAGUAGUGAAACUGAACUGAUUAAUUAAUUAUUGUAAUCUUGGUACCAAAAUUUGAAACGUGUCUGUCUGAACCCAGAGUAAUACAUUUUUGGAGAGCUUUAGUUUGUCAUUGUGAUGUUUUCUUUUGAUAAAGUGUUAUAGAUGCUUUUGUGUUCUGCCUUGUUCAUUGUAUUAUGCAGUUUUGCCCAUGAAAUUGUGAAUUGUGGCUUAGACAUAUAUAAAUUUUGUAUCCUUCCAAUGAUUGAAUUCAUUUCUACGUAUGUCAUGGAGAUCUUAAAAUCUUUGAAUAAAGCAUAGCAGGUGGUUUUGUAAGUUA